CCGGCUGAUUACUACGAGGGCCAGUUCAGGUGGGAGUGUAGAGUCCUGACUAGAUAUUCAUCAAGUAGCUGGAGUCACCAUACUGUGAACCGAUGGGUCAACGUCAAGGGCAUAAGUACCUUGAUGGCUCUAAACCUAGCCGCGGCUAUGGCGAAGGCUUGGAGAGGUUUCUAGAUCACUUUAUGUUUUGUAGUAGGUGCGGCAGUGUGGCAACGUGCUGGACAUUUUCUACCAUUCUAUCUUCUAUUUUUCCCUUUCAGUUCAUGUUGUUGGUUAGCGUUGCGGCGCUCCGAGGGUUGAGUGGCGGAGUGUUACUCCUCAGGAAUGUCGCAGCGGUUGUCGCGUCCCAUGGGCUAGCGGAUUGGGGCGUGACAUGGUGUUAUAAGGCUUCUUGUCACCUAAUCAUCAUUGGGAAGGCUCUUGAAGUCUUCACACAAGUAAAGACAUGUAAAUGCAGUUGCCUUUAUGCCCUUCCAACUCACAAUUUAACUUGAAUUCUCUUGGAAGUU